CCUUGAACACAUUUUUUCCCCUAAUCUGUGCAAACGUUGCAGUCGCCAUUAAUUCAACUUCCACUAACGUCUGUUCAAAUUUCAAUCCGACUGCAAAUCCCUUCUAGCAAGCAUCAAAUGCAAGCUCUCAGUUGGAGCCCUCGCUUCGCCGUUGCUGUUAACAGGUCAUGCCGGAAAGCCUCGAGCUUCCAAGCAUUUUCAUCAGAUUCAUCAAAUCAAUCUCGCGGCGGUCUCCCUCGAUUCUUCUCCGACGUCCUCCCUCCCUCCAAGGGUUCCGCUGUUCGUGUGCAAGGGGAUGAAUUCUGGCAUAUGACUAAAGUUCUAAGGUUGAACACAGAUGACAGGAUAGAGCUUUUUAAUGGAAAAGGAGGUCUAGUCAAAGGGUGCAUAGAAAGCAUUGAUAGAACUGGAGCAGAUGUAGUGGCACUUGAAAAUCCAAAAUUAGUAUCUACAAAUACAACCCAAUGGCAUGUAUUUGCAGCUUUCGGUACUCUAAAGGGUGGUCGAUCUGACUGGCUCAUAGAAAAAUGCACAGAGCUUGGAGCAAGCAGUGUAACACCGCUUUUGACCGAACGUUCUCCGUCAAUUUCUGACAACAGAGUCGAUAGGUUGCAAAGAGUCAUUUUGGCUGCAGCUAAACAAUGUCAACGUCUACAUGAAAUGACCUUGAACCCUCCUUUAAAAGUUCGUGACCUCUUACCUAUCGGACCAAAAACGUUACAAGAACCAAAAAAAAGGACCAAAAAUGUUUCACAAUCGAAACUAUGUUUUAUAGCUGCAGCUGAGGCAACACCGGUUUUGAAUGUUUUGGCUUUAUCCAAACAAGAGCCUGUUGGGUCAAUCAUUGUGGGACCCGAAGGCGAUUUCACGGAAACCGAGGUGAAACUGAUUCUAGAAGCGGGAGCUACAGCUGUAGGGCUGGGCCCACAUCGCCUUCGAGUUGAAACCGCAACAAUCGCACUUUUGGCAACAACAAUGUUAUGGUCUGACACCUGGCGAUCGACUAUCUGAUUCUUAAUGUGAUUUUAGGUAGCAACUGAUAGAGUAGAGUAGACUUUCUAUUAUGGACUUUUGUUAUAUGCCUUAGACAAAGUUGAAUGAAUGAAUGAUCCACUCAAUCUUAUGCAAGAUAUUGGAUAUUUGAUAAUUCUAACUUAA